AUGAGCAAGCGUCGGAGGCAGCUCGUGGACCUCGGCGACCGCGUCGACGAGGAUUGCGGGGGAAACGCGGGGGGUGCCGCCAUCGGUUUCAACUACGACGCCGAGGACCCCAUAGCCGCCGCGAUCGCCCGCAAGGCUGCGAAGGAGAAGAAAUGCGCGCUCGGCGGGCUUCUCGGUGCGUACGUGGAUGACGAUGACGACGAGGAGACGGAGGGAGCCGCGAAGGAACCGCCGCAUCCCUGGAAGAAACUGCGCGACGCCGCCACCGGGCACGACUACUACUGGAACCAGGACGACGGUUCGGUGUCUUGGACCCUGCCCUCGUCCGGCGCCGACGCGAACGUAAAGGACGGCGACGCCACCGCCGCGGGAGCCGAGACCGCGGCGAACGGCGACGCCGGCGAGGCGGCACCCGACGGCGCGGACACUCCCGUCGCCAAGUUCGAGAUCCCAAUGCCCAAGCCAGACGUGAGGACAUUCGCGGACCUGCUCCUCGCCCAGGCAAACGAGGCACCGGGGCUUCGAGACGCGGUCGCCGCCGUGGCGCCGCUCGUGCGGCUGGUGUUGGACAUCCAACGACGCGUGGAGGACUACGAACGCGGUGGCAAGGGCGGCGCCGGCGACGCGGCGAAUCAACUCGAGGACGCCGCGCUUGAUGCGCUCAGGGAAGCAGAGCGGAGACUACCUCACGCGGUCGAGGCGUUCAAGGCGGAUCGAGCCAAGCUGGCGGCGGCGGAGGUGGCCAGGCGCGUGGCCGCCGCAAGGGCGGUGGCGGGCGCGGCGCCGAGGCGGGCGUCGACGGAUGGGAUUAAACCCUCGACGGAUGGCGUUACGCCCAGGUCGACCAAGGGAAAACUCGCUGGCGUGGGCCGCGGGGCGGACGUGGCAGCGGACGUAACGGACGUAACGCACGCGCCACCCCCGCCGCCGCCGCCGAACGACGAGGACGAUGACGCGCCUCCACCGCCGCCUCCGCCCAAGCACGUCAUCGCCGCGGGUCCCGCACCCGCGCGGAGGGACGACGGGGCGGGCUCCCGCGCAAUCGCCGAGCCCUCCGCGUCGGUGGACGUUAAAUCGCAUUCGCAGUCGCGGCAGCCGCGGGCGCAGCCGGCUCCGAGCAGGAUGUUCGUGUCCAAGCCGCCGAGCGCGUCCGAGAUUGACAAGUGGAACCGCGCCAAGGCCGAGCGGGAGGAGGAGGAGCUCCGGGCGGAGGCUGCGAGGACGGCGACGACGACGGAUCCGGCGCAGAUGGCGGCGAGACGGAGGUUCGAGGUUGAGCGGUGGAUGGAAAAGGAAAAGAGGACGGGGGCGGGGGCGGAUAACCCCAACUUUACCCCAACCGUGGGUGACUGGAGGACACGCGUCGUGUCGGCGAGGAGGCGGCGCGAGAGGGAGGAGGCGGAGGCGAGGACGGCGGAGGACGACCGGGCGGUGAGUCACGGGGGUGGGACAGACGACGACGACGCGAUGAAUCCGCCGAAAGCGUCGAAUGCGGCGACGUCGACAACCGCCGCCGCGGACGCCGCCGCCGCAGCCGCGGGCGUCGACUUGGCCGCGGCGUCCGCGUCGUUACCCGCGGACUGGCGCGCCUUCUACGACGCCACGAGCGGGGAGGUUUACUACGGCAACGCGACGACCGGGGAGACGUCGUGGGAUAGACCGUGA